UCAGUCUGCAUGCUGUGGCCUUGCUGUGCACUGCGUUUAGAGCUCUGCUGUAGCACCAACAAGAGGAGGAGCUAAAAAGAAAAAAAGGCACGCGCACACUCUCUGACAUCCCACAUCAUCACCAUCAUUAUCAUCUCUUCCGCACGCUCACUGUAAGCACUAGCCAGGCCUGUUCUGAGCAGGGGACCCCAGCCAAUUCAUUGCCCACCAUGGAUGUAUUUAUGAAAGGGUUCUCUAUGGCCAAGGAGGGAGUGGUAGCUGCUGCAGAGAAGACCAAAGCAGGGAUGGAGGAGGCAGCAGCCAAAACCAAAGAAGGGGUGAUGUAUGUAGGGAACAAGACAAGGGAAGGUGUUGUGUCAUCGGUAAACACAGUGGCCAACAGGACCAUGGACCAGGCCAACAUCGUCGGAGACACAGCAGUGGCCGGAGCCAACGAGGUGUCUCAGGCAACCGUCGAAGGGGUUGAGAACGUCGCUGCAUCAACCGGGAUGGUCAGUCAGGAGGAGCCAAUAUACGAGGGAGAGUACGGAGGGAUGGAGCAAGGUGGCGAAGGAGAAGAGGGCUACUAGUCUUCUUCAGGACCCUUCAGCUUCCCCUCGCCCUCCUCGCCUCGCCGUACCAGACUCCAGCUGUUCAGCAACAUUUUUUUUUUGUGACUUUUCGGAACCAAAACCA